GCACACAUUGGUUGAUGCAGAUUAUACAGCUACUACGGUUUGACGGUGACUUCGAAAAGGUGUUGGAAAGAGGUUUUAAAGACUCUCAGUUAUUGGAGUUCUUUUUUCCAACACCAAUUACAACACCAUACGGUACAACAAGUUACGGUUACAAGUACUACGAACAGUUACCAUCACCUCGCCUUGUUGUAACGCAUCUACCUUUGAAACUUCUUCCAAGACAAGUUUUUGAAAAAAAGGCAAAGGUGAUAUACGUUGCCAGGAACCCGAAGGACACAGCAGUGUCAACGUAUCAU